UCUUGCGUCAUGUGCUUUGAUAAUAAUGGCAAGAAGGAAGACCAUUUCACUAUAAGGAUAGCUUGUAAACGUACCGGUAGAACGUGGCAGAGAGUCCUUCAUGAAAGAGAGUCCAUUCCCAUUCAUCAGGUUUUAUCAGGUCCCCCGCGACUGUGCUGAUUAUAAUGGCGUCGAUGGUGUCCAUUAUAUUUACGUCAGUUCAAUGGGUAAACAACUCCAGGUAUCAUGUGAGCAAGGGUGGACAGUUCUGAUGCGUAGAACAGGACCAGAACUAAACUUUAGCAGGUCCUGGGUGGAUUACCGUGACGGAUUUGGUGACGUUGCCGGCGACCACUGGCUGGGACUGGAAGCGUUUCAUCAUCUCACCAACCAGGGAAACUACUCCUUAAUGGUCGAAUUUGGUUUGCCGUUUUCCACCUAUGAUGCUGACAAUGAUGAAAACAUCAUGUCUAGAAACUGUGCCGAUGAAUUCAAGGGCGGUUGGUGGUACCGCGAUUGCACGCAUAUCGUCCUCACGGGGAAAAUGGCAACAAUGGACUGUACUACGUUUUAUUAUCAGCAAUUUAAACACACAGGCUUGGAUGAUGGAAACAAGGAGUAUCUGCUUAGUGCGGCUGUUUUGAAGAUAAAGCAAUUAACAUGA